AUGUCUGAUGGGUUCGUGACCGUGGGCCAGUGCAUCGAGGGCCUUCCUAUUGGUGUUUUCGUUUGGGAGUUACUGCUCUGCGCCUUCCUGGCAUCAUUUUGGCUGGGUGCGCUCAAUGAGCCUACGCCCUUUGCACUUGGUCUGCUGAACACUGAUUGGGCCUACAAUGAGCUCAACGUGCAGGCAGUAUUGGCAGCGAUGGGCGUGGGCAACGCCAUCUCUCUUCUCCUGGCUGGAUGGUUUUCAGACAAGAGUGGCCGGGCCCACGUGAUCCGCUGCCUCAUUCUGGCGACUGUGAGCUGUGGGUUCUUGGUACAGUCAUCCAGGACCUUGGGGCAGACGCUUUGCGCGCGGUUUCUUCUAGGUCUCACCUCAGGUGGGCUGCUGGCAGCCAUGAUCCCACUGGUUGCCGAGCUAUUACCCGCACGGCAGCGCGGAUUCUACCUGACGGUAUGGUGUUGUGGGAGGCCUGCUGGGGCAUUGCUGGCCGUCCUUCUCAGCUGCCUUCUGCCACGACUGGAUUGGACCAAUUUCGUGUUCAUGAUGACCGCGCCGGCCGUGGUGGUGUAUGUCCUUUGCCGGCUGGAUGUCAUGCCAGAGUCCCCUCGAUACCUCUACCUGGCUGGCCGGCGUGAGGAAGGCUUCGUGACGCUGGCAGAAAUGUACGACAAGGAGAUGAUGUGCCUUCCUUGGGGGCCGGACUCGGUUUCUUUGACGACAUCCUCUGAGGUCAAGGAGGUCAAGUCCGGUCUUCGAUCCCUGGCGCAUUCCGACGCAGCGAUUACGGCUUGGCUUUGCCUGGUCGUGUUCUUCAGCCAUUGCGCUUCACAGUGCAUGCGGGCCUGGAUACCCACGAUCCUGGCAACUGGCUCGCCGCACCAGUCUCCGGUGAUGCUGCUGGCACUGUCCUUGCUGCAGGCAGAAGAUCCCAAGCCACCAGCAUCGGGCCUCUCUCUGCUCAGCGCGGGACCGAAUCUGGAUCGACACCUGGUGAUGGUCGCAGCGCAGGGCUACAUGCUGGAGGUCUGCGGCAUCGUGCUAUGUGCCGCCAUCUCCUUUGCUCUAACACGGCGGCUCCUCGUGCGGGGCGCCCUCUUCGCAGCGGCUGUGCUCGCCGUCGGGGCGACGCUAGCAGAGCGCCGAAACAUGUGGCUGACUGCUGGACCCUUGUUUGGGUUGGCACUCAUUGCCAAUUCCGCGGUAUCGAACUUUCUGCUUGUGUUUGCUUGCGAACGAUUCCCCACAUCUUCGAGGGCCAGCGCAGUUGGGCUUGUCCUCUUUUUCGGCCAGGUUGCUGAGCUGUUCGCACCAGCCAUGGGCGUGAUCAUGCUGAACCGCUUCUCCGUGCAGUCGGCCGUGCUUGCUUUCAACAGCCUGUACUUUGUGGCGUUCCUCAUUUCGUUCCAGCUGCCCCUUCCUGGGCAUCAUGAGAAGACUCUCCAUGACAUCGAGGCUUAG